AUGUUAAUGAUUAUUCACUUGCUUUAUCCAUUGCUCUGUUUGGUGUGCGUUGCAUGUGCUCAGGAAUUAAUUUGUGACGUGAGCAAAUUGCAAUUGUCGGUUAAAGAUCUCAAAUAUGAUUCACAGUCUCUUCUGCAAUGUGAGCGGUUGGUCAACACACUUUCUAGCUGUGUUAAUGAGGGGUUUCACGUACAAGAUUUGAUAAAUCAGGUACUAUACAAGGCAGGACUUAUACAAUUGAGCUUGAAUCAAGAGUUGAAAGCCAUCGAAUCAUUUGACCGUAUCGUAAAUUUCAAUAACACAGCUUUCAAAGAUUUGGCAACUGAGAGAUUGGAUAAGCUGUAUUCUGAAUUCGGCCUAUGGGAAAACAUCAAGUCUGGUAGUACUAAAGAAUCUUUUUUGAAGCUAAAUGAGACAGCUUUCGCAAAGUGGCAGACUCACGAUAUAUCUAUCAUCGAAAAUGAGCUGCCCCAACUGUUGCAGAUAUCACCAUACAGUUACAACACAAGGUCCCUCUAUAUUGAAGCGCUGUUCUGGAGUCUAGCAGCCAAUGGAAAGGUUGAUAUUUCCACAGCUAGUACAAUAAUAAAAAAUCUCGAAUUAUUGCUUGAAAAAUUCUCUGGUAUAUUAUCUCUAGAAGAACGAAUUAAAAUGCACUACUCAAUAUCAGUUCUACAAGUUUUCGUCAUCAACACGGAACCUACACAUCUAAGAAAAUGUUUGGCAAUAGACAUGGAUUAUGAGCCUUGUAAAAAAAUCACUUUGCUCUACAAUAGAUUGAGCAAAAUCAAUCCUGGCAGGUUUGAUAUUCUUGACCCAGAGAUCUAUGCUUUUGGACCUUCGUCUGAAAUGAAUUGGGAUAAAAUGAUAGAGUUUUACUUUCAUUCGAAGAAGCCAUGUACCAAAUUACCAGACGGUAUAAAGUUCAAAAAUAACUACGAGCUGGUACUUGUCGCCGUUAAAGCAGCUAUCGAUCAUUUGUUUGAAAAUUACAAUUCGAUCACAUAUAAAGGGGUGACAGAGUUUCAAAAGUUCAUUGAUACGUCAAUCUGCCAGGCUUUACCUCAUUUACUCAAGGAAAAAACUAAUAUCUUACCAAUUUGUGAAAAAGCUUUGCAAGAAGUCUUGAGUAAAAAUGCUCUAGAAGCAUAUGGUAAUUCGGAAAUUUCCGAAGAAACAUUAUCAGAAGUUUGGAACUCUUUUCCGCAUAUUGCUAUAUAUAUGCUAGAGAACAUUUUAUCAAAGCGUAAAAAACCCAUGCCAGAGAUUCAGGAUCGAUUAUACAAAUUUUACCAGGACAACAAGUUGAUAAAAUCUCAAAAUAAGUAUAUUCAGCGCCAAUUUCAAAUAGUUAACAAACUCGUUCAAACAAGAAAGCAGCAGCACCAACAGCAGCAACAUCAACAACAACAACAACAACAACAGCAACGGUUUAAUUUCAAUCAGCAGCAGCAGCAGCAGCAGCAACAACAACAGCAGCAAUCAAAUGGUAUGAAUGCUGAAAAAGACUAUUAUAAAAUACUAGGUGUUCCUAAGAAUGCGGACUCCAAGGAAGUUAGACAAGCAUAUUUGGCUUUCACAAAGAAGUUCCAUCCGGACAAGCAAGGGCAAUUGUCUGAGAAAGAACAAGAGUCAAAUCACGAGAAGAUGUCAGAGAUUAACGAGGCGUAUGAAACUCUAAGUGACACUGAUAGACGUAGGGACUACGACAAUAUAAGAUCCGGUGCAAGAGAUGGCAGAAUGAAUCCAAAUAUGUUCAGACAACAAAGACCAAAUCCAAAUAUGCAACACUUCAGAUUCAACAAUUUCAACGGAAAUUUCAAAUUUAAUUUUUAA